AUGGAGAGCAUUGGCAGCCAUUGUUGCAGCUCUCCUUUCACCUUCAUCACCAGGAACUCUUCCUUUCCCAGAAUCGUUAACUUCACUCGCACAGUUCGUCUUCCUCGCCAAUCGGAGCGACUCAGAAAUUCCCCUUCUCGUCUUACCUGCACUGCUUCUUCUUCCACCAUUGAGGAACACCGGAAGAAGGAUGCGUCGGGAACGAAGGUGAAGUUGAAUGUGAGGUUAGAUCAUCAAGUUAAAUUCGGAGAGCAUGUAGCUAUGUUUGGAUCAGCUAAAGAGAUUGGAUCAUGGAAGAAGAAAUCGCCUCUUAAUUGGACUGAGAAUGGAUGGGUUUGUGAGCUUGAGCUUAGCGGAGGACAAGUUUUGGAGUAUAAGUUCGUCAUCGUCCAGAAAGACGGUUCACUUUCAUGGGAAUCCGGUGACAAUCGCGUCCUUAGACUUCCCAAUUCCGGAAGUUUCUCCGUCGUCUGCCACUGGAAUGCCACCGGAGAAACUCUUGAUUUUCCUCAGGAGGUCGCUAAUGAUGCUGGUGUACACGACGGCAGCGAUAACAAGGAAGUUGGUGAAGAUAGAGUAGUGGUGAGUGAAAAUGGUGCUCAUCUGCAGAAAAGCACAUUGGCGGGGCAAUGGCAAGGCAAUGACGCGUCCUUUAUGCGCUCUAAUGAUCAUAGCAACAGAGAAGUCGGCAGAAAUUGGGACACUACUGGUCUUGAAGGCACAGCUCUCAAAAUUGUCGAGGGUGAUCGCAACUCUAGGAACUGGUGGAGAAAGCUUGAAAUGGUACGCGAGCUUGUAGUUGGGAGUCUUGAGAGGGAGGAACGGUUGCAGGCGCUCAUAUACUCUGCAAUUUAUUUGAAGUGGAUAAACACUGGUCAGAUUCCUUGCUUUGAAGAUGGAGGGCAUCACCGUCCAAACCGGCAUGCUGAGAUUUCUAGGCUUAUAUUCCGUGAGUUGGAGCACAUUUGCAGCAAGAAAGAUGCUACAGCAGAGGAAGUGCUUGUUGCUCGGAAAAUCCAUCCAUGUUUACCUUCUUUCAAAGCAGAGUUUACUGCAUCUGUGCCUCUAACUAGAAUUAGGGACAUAGCACAUCGCAAUGAUAUUCCUCAUGAUCUCAAGCAAGAAAUCAAGCAUACCAUACAAAAUAAGCUUCACCGGUGUGCGGGUCCAGAAGAUCUAAUUGCAACAGAAGCAAUGCUUGAAAGAAUUACCGAGAUCCCAGGAAAAUACAGUGGAGAUUUUGUGGAGCAAUUCAAAAUUUUCCAUAAUGAGCUUAAGGAUUUCUUUAAUGCUGGGAGCCUCACCGAACAACUUGAUUCUAUGAAAAUUUCUAUGGAUGAGAGAGGUCUAUCUGCUCUCAAUUUGUUUUUUGAAUGUAAAGGGCGCCUUGAUGCAUCGGGAGAAUCAAACAAUGUUUUGGAAUUGAUAAAAACCAUGCAUUCUCUGGCUUCUCUAAGAGAAAUAAUUAUAAAGGAACUUAAUAGCGGCUUGAGAAAUGAUGCUCCUGAUGCUGCUAUUGCAAUGCGCCAGAAGUGGCGUCUAUGUGAGAUUGGCCUCGAGGACUACUUUUUUGUUCUACUUAGCAGAUUCCUCAAUGCUCUUGAAACUAUGGGAGGAGCUGUUCAACUGGCAAAAGAUGUGGAAUCAAGAAAUGUUUCCUCGUGGAAUGAUCCUCUAGAUGCUUUGAUUUUGGGUGUUCACCAAGUAGGUCUAUCUGGUUGGAAGCAAGAAGAAUGCAUAGCCAUUGGAAAUGAACUCCUUGCUUGGCGAGAGAGAGACCUACUUGAAAAAGAAGGAGGAGAAGAUGGAAAAACCAUUUGGGCCAUGAGGCUGAAAGCAACUCUUGAUCGAGCACGGAGAUUAACAGCAGAAUAUUCUGAUUUACUUCUUCAAAUAUUUCCUCCUAAUGUGGAGAUUUUAGGAAGAGCUCUAGGAAUUCCAGAAAAUAGUGUCAAGACUUAUACAGAAGCAGAGAUUCGUGCUGGCAUAAUUUUCCAGAUCUCAAAGCUCUGCACUGUUCUUCUAAAAGCUGUAAGAAAUUCACUUGGUUCUGAGGGCUGGGACGUCAUUGUACCUGGAUCGACUUCUGGGACAUUAGUUCAGGUUGAGAGCAUUGUGCCGGGAUCAUUACCGUCAACUGCUGGUGGUCCUAUUAUUCUCUUGGUCAAUAAAGCUGAUGGCGAUGAAGAGGUAAGUGCUGCUAAUGGGAAUAUAGCCGGAGUCAUGCUCCUCCAGGAAUUGCCUCAUUUGUCUCACCUUGGCGUUAGAGCGCGGCAGGAGAAAAUUGUCUUUGUGACAUGUGACGAUGAUGACAAGGUUGCUGAUAUACGGCGACUCGUGGGAAAAUAUGUGAGGUUGGAAGCAUCUCCAAGCCAUGUGAAUCUGAUACUUACAACUGAAGAUAGGAGUCGUACCUCCAAAUCGAAUGCGAAUAAGAAAAAGGAUAAGGCCAGUUUAUCUACAGAUGAUGAAAAGUCAACGCCUGUUUCCUCGUCUGCUGAUGGCCUCCUAUACUCGGAUAAGGAAACCCCUAGUGGAGGAAUCAUAGCACUUGCUGAUGCAAAUGUAUCAACCUCUGGUUCAAAAGCUGCUGCAUGUGGUCUUCUUACAUCUUUAGCAGCAGCCUCUAGUAAAGUGAACAGCGAGCACGGAGUUCCGGCAUCAUUUCAGGUUCCAACUGGAGUUGUCAUACCUUUCGGGUCAAUGGAGUUAGCUCUAAAGCAAAGUAAUUCGGAAGAAAAGUUUGCGUCUUUGCUAGAAAAGUUAGAGAUUGCCAGACCCGAAGGCGGUGAGCUUGACGACAUAUGUGAUCAGAUCCAUCAAGUGAUGAAAACAUUGCAAGUGCCUAAAAAAACAAUCAACAGCAUAAGCAAAGCGUUUCCCAAAGAUGCUCGUCUCAUUGUCCGUUCAAGCGCUAACGUGGAGGACUUAGCUGGAAUGUCAGCUGCUGGACUCUAUGAAUCAAUCCCUAAUGUGAGUCCCUCAGAUCCUUUGGUGUUUUCGGAAUCAAUUUGCCAAGUUUGGGCUUCUCUCUACACAAGAAGAGCUGUUCUAAGCCGGAGAGCUGCUGGUGUCUCUCAAAGAGAAGCUUCAAUGGCGGUUCUCGUCCAAGAAAUGCUAUCUCCGGACUUAUCUUUUGUUCUUCACACAGUGAGUCCAGCAGAUCCAGACAGUAACCUCGUUGAAGCCGAGAUAGCUCCUGGUUUAGGUGAGACUUUAGCUUCCGGGACAAGAGGAACACCAUGGAGACUCGCUUCGGGUAAGCUCGAUGGGAUUGUGCAAACCUUGGCUUUCGCAAACUUCAGUGAAGAGCUUCUUGUGUCAGGAACUGGUCCUGCUGAUGGAAAAUAUGUUCGGUUGACCGUUGACUAUAGCAAGAAACGGUUAACCGUUGACUCAGUGUUUAGACAGCAACUCGGUCAGAGACUCGGUACGGUUGGUUUCUUCUUGGAAAGGAACUUUGGGUGUGCGCAAGACGUGGAAGGUUGUUUGGUUGGUGAAGAUGUUUACAUUGUUCAGUCACGACCACAACCUCUGUAG